UGAAAUUAAUCGGUCAGCGGCAGUGAACUUUGUCGAGAGAAAAUGCGCUAAAUGGUGCAGUUCCAGGCUUAAUAUUCCGAUGCGAAGGAUGCACAGGGAGAAAUGAGAGUAAGAGGAGGGAAAUGAGCGGUGAGUGUGGGAGAGGAGGCGAAGGAGAGCGAGGAGAGGCGUCCCGUGGUCCUGUCUGCUGCCUGGCUGGCCGCUUUAGGGCCCCUGCUUAGUGUGCCAACAUGGAUAAACUGGUGUCAGAUAUUAUACACAUGUCCAAUCAGCCUGACAAUAUCAAAAAGGCUCUGCUCAUCAAAUUGGCCCAUUCCCCAAGAGUGAACAUGAGCAGGACAGUGUUGGAGAAGGCCAAUAUAAUGGCAAUCUUUGACACUUGUGUGAAUAUUGCCACUACCUCUGAAAAUGAGGGACCCCUUGCUGUGUUUGCCUUCAGUCACUGGGCGAGUCAGUAUAAGGCUUGCCUGAAGGAAUACUUGACACCUGAGCGGGUGACGGGCAUCCUUGCCUGUCAGACCAAUGCUACAGUGAUCAUUGCCUGGUUGAAGGAGGCUCUGUGCCACCUGACAGAAGACACAGAUGUCUUGUGUACCUUGGCACCGGUGCUGGAAGAAGUACUACAGAACAAAUUACGGGAGUGUGGUGGGAGUUCAGCCUUUGUAAUGCAGCUGGCAGAGCUUUAUGCCUUGUGUCCUGUACUCCUGCCACAGCCACACACCCGGCUCACCUUCACCAUCACACUCAUGAACUGUGUGGCUGCCUUCCCUACACCAACUAAACCUGAGGUUCUUGCCCACAUGAAGAGUAUUGGUGGCUUGGUGAACACCCUAUGGAAUGGUUUGAGACUGGAGGACAUUCUCUUCUCCCUUAAUGCCAUGUAUACCAUUAUAUCUAAUACUGAUGGAGGGUCAGAGGUGUGUCCAGCCAUGGCACACUUGCUAUCACUAGUGCCUACAGUGGUUGUGGAGUGCCUGGCCCCACGCAUAGUGUCUGACACCAGCACCACAGAUGCUGCACUCCUGGCCACCCUGACACGUCUCACAGCAUGGCUUGUGGCCUGGCCCACAGCCCACACUACGCUAGGUCUGUGGGUGCGCACACUAGUUCGCCUCCUGUACCAGAGUGGGAGAACCAUUAUUCCUGCCAGAGUCACCCUGGACAGGGUACCCAAGCUACUCACUGCUCUCCAAAUACCUGUGGUUCGUACAGGAGUUGUCUCUGUCCUUUCCACUCUCCUGCUGUCAUUCCAGAGUUCCCCAACAGCAUUUCACAAGGUUAUCCCAGCAAUGGUAGAUGUGUUUGGGCAGCUGGAGAGGGAGGGAUCACCGUCUUCAACUGCAACCCUUGGUCGUCUGGCUACCCUCUGCCACACCCUCAUGGCUCUCCACCCAGGCCAGCCAGACAUUUACCAACCCCUCAUGAAUUGUUUGGAGAAAUAUCCAGCUCCCUCAGAGGAGGACAUUCAGGAGGUGAUCCAGGAACACCAGUGGGGACCCAUGGAGGAGGGAGCACGAGGUUUGGGACCAGGACAGGCGCGCAACUCAGCAGGGGUCAGUGAGGUGCCUUUUGUGUACCAGCAGCGGCUACCUGACCAGAAAGUUGGCCUCCGCAACUUAGGCAACACUUGUUACAUGAACUCUGUGAUACAAGCUCUCUUCAUGACUGACAGCUUUCGUCAUGGCAUCCUACGGGCUGUACCACGAAGCAACCAGCAACUCCUAGUGCAGCUGCAGCAUCUCUUCAGCAUGCUGUGCUUUACUCACCGCACUUAUGUUGCUCCACGGCAUUUCCAUGACAAGUCCAGGCCCUCGUGGUUUAGUCCAGGCAUGCAACAGGAUUGUUCAGAAUACUUAAGACACCUCAUGAUAACCCUUCAUGAGGAGGAACGUGCUGGCCAGGCCCUGCCUGAGUAUCAGGAGCGGGUCAUCAUUGAGAGCGAGACAGCCAGCUUAGCGUCAGACCUCCAGCCUUUGCCUUAUGACUCAGCAACAGAGGACUUUGUGGAGGGUGAGCAGGCCCUUAAGGCUGACGGUGGAGAGGAGACACAGGGCAUCACCAUUACUCCUGCUGGUGCACUGCAGACUGGUAGUGAAGAUGGAAUUGUGCUGAGGGACCUGAAAUCUGUGAAUGCUGAGGAGGAUGCUCUUACUUAUAAUAGGAAAAAGAUGUCUGUUCAUAUGCAGUCAUUUAAGGGAUACCUGCAGGGAGAACCCAUGGAGGGAGUGCAUCAUGGGGAUCAAAUGCCUCCUGCUGGAGAAUGCUUAGUGAAGGAGGUGUUGGAGGAGACAGAUGAUGCAGACAUGGUAGAUGCUACUAUGCCACAGUCUCACAAUGAAGAUGCAGAUCAAGUCAUGCAUAAUUUAUGUGAUAAUAAAAAAAUUACACAUAGCUGCCUCCCACAAGACAUUGAACAAAGAUUAGAUAUUGUGGAAAUGGACACUACACCAGAAAGUUCUUCAAAGUCUAUGAACUACAAGCGCAAGCAUAAUACAACACCAGACAGUGUUACAAGGCAGAUGUUGAAAUCUCCUAAAGGAGACAUGACCUCAGACAUUGAUAACAGCUCAGACAGUGGCAUCAGUGGAGAUUUGGCAGAGGAUGGAGAAAUCCACAUCAAUAGCCCCAAUCCUAGCAGUCCUCUCUCUAAGGAAGUGUGUCCAGAGACCAAGGGCCUGACUAUUGAGGAACUAGUGAGCAAUAUAUCCAACAAUGAGGACAAUGAAAAUGAAUACUUUGUAAGUUUAGUUCACAAAGUGUUUGGUGGAAAAUUAGCAACAUGCAUUAAGUGCUUACAGUGUAAAACAGAAUCCAUACACAAAGAUGUCUUCACAGACAUUCAUCUAGCAUUCCAGGACACUGAUCGCUACAGUGCAGCUGAUGCUAUCAGGAAAAACCCAAGUCGACUUGUCAGACAGGCUGAUAAAGAACAUUCAGGAGAGCUAAGCAUAGAAGACUUGAUCAGAAGUUAUCUGACUUCAGAGAGAUUAACUGGAGAAAAUCAGUAUGAAUGUGAACGGUGUGGAGGAAAGCAGGAUGCUGAACGUUCCAUCCAGAUUUUGGAGCCUCCAGAACAUCUCAUUCUGACACAGUUAAGGUUCUAUUAUGACACUGCCCGUGGACAGCGACAGAAAGUGUUCACCAAUGUAGAGUUUGGAGAGGAGCUUCUGCUUCCAAUUCGAUACUCAACACAAGGGUCUUUUGAACAAGAUCUUAACCCAGGAAGUGAAGAAACUUCAGUCUCUGGAGAAAGUGAAAACAGAAGGCAACAGGGAUAUGCAACAGAGGUUACAGAAGGUCAGAGCUCCCUUUCAGAUAGCAUAACAUCCAUUCAGGGACACUCUAGCUUAUCAAGUGCAAACACUGCAGCAUAUCCAAUCACUAUUGGUGAUUCUAGUGAACAAAGCUACCAGCUUUGCAAAAAUUCCUCAGGUCAAAUUCAGCAUAAUAAUUCUGAAAGUGGCAGUACUAGUACUCAUGAUAUUGAGGAAGCUUCCAGUUGUUCUAGUAUAAAUAGCCUACAAGAGAUCAUCUUUAGUAAUAGCAAAAAGGAAAUGAGAGAGCAUGAAAAUAUCAAAAGCGCUGAUAAAGAUUCAGUACAGGUGACGGAUGGUUUGCCAGGGUUCAAGCAGACCUCAAAGCCAUGUAGCACCAACACCAGUACUAUUACCACUAGCACCAGCAGUAACACCAGUAGUGGCAACAGUAAUGAUAACAAAUGCCAUUCUAAACCUGGCAUGUUAAAUGACAAGAACAGUAAACCAAGUGAAUGCUACAGAGAUAACAAGAAAAAAUGUGUAACUGAAGGAAAUAAUUUAUCCAGUAGACAUGAAACUUCAUUGGCAAAUGCUUCAGAUGAGUCUCGUGUGAGUGUUGAUUGUGCUUGUGAGAAUCAAAGUGAGUGUAGUGGAACUAGUGGAAAAAUUAUUAAAGGCUCAUAUGUAGAACUGGGUCUAACAAAUUCUACUGUCAGGAAUGUGCAACCCAGUUGCAGCUAUUCAUUGGGCUUUGUUCCUGAUAUUAGGAAUGGUUUUGUUAAUAAUGACAGGUUUAAAGGUGAUAUUAAUAGGUCUUUGCAAGAAGACUCUAGUACAGGAUUCUGUGCCAGCCCACAACACAGCUCACAGCCAGAUUGCAGCUGUAGAACAAUCACAAGCCUCCCACAAACAACAUCCAUGAGUACUGGAUCAUCUGAUUGCUUCUCCUCUAAAGAUGAGUGUGAGGACACUCAAGAUGUAACCUAUGCCCGCUAUGCCCUCUAUGGGGUGGUGGUGCACUCAGGCUUCUCAUCUGAAGGUGGCCACUACUACUGCUAUGCCAGGAACUCUUCUGUGGCUGCCCUCCCUGAGUCAGCCAGAGAAAGUCACGGGAUACUUGGUGGUUGGUACAACUUCAAUGAUGAAAAAGUGACCAGUACAACAUUCUCCAACAUUACCAGCCUUACCCGCACCUUUAACAGGGACACUGCAUAUCAACUCUUUUACAAGAAGCUGAGUGAUUGUCUGACGCCUGAGGUUCCACUGAUGGAGGAAUUCAAGUGCUUACGCCUGGACUUGCAGGAAGCAGUAGAAAAUGACAAUCUGCAGUUUCGCAGUGAGCAGGAACGAGAGGCCCAGCGACGGCGCCACCAGGUGCCAGGCCACUCACCCUUCUCCCGGUAUUCUGACCAUGAUGACACUCCUCCUCCAGGGGGGUGUGGGGCAGGGCCAGGUGGGGGUAGCUUCAAUACAGCCUCUAGAGUGGUGUUCUGAGCUGUCACCAGGGAGUGAAACUGGUGGAAAUAAUUCCACAGUGAGAAAACUGACAGUCUUAUAAGCAUAGCCAAGGUCAGGCUUUACUUAGUUUGAGCUGUAGUGGAAUUCCGUAGUUCCUUAAGAAUAAUAUCCUUGUAGAUUAGGUGAGUAAUCUCUAUUUCCUGGUUAUGUUGAAAUAUACUGCUAUUCUGCCACUAUCAUCAUUCUAACUAAUAGCACUUUAUAUACUUGUAUACACUGUUACAAAAAACAUUGACACUCCCAUUAAUUCAUCCAAACAAAGAUAGAGACUUAAAUGCUAACCCUAUUAGUAAUGUGAGGUAAGAAUCUCCUUUCAAUGAAUGCAUUCUUGUAGUAAAGUUUUAAGAAGGACGUACUGGCUUGAUGUUGGGAAUGUGUGUAUUUUUGCAAUCAGCUUAUGAACUUUGGCAUAAACAGUAGAAAUGUAUGUAGCUCCUGUAGAAAACAAGGGGACAAGUCUGAAUAUAUGAGAUAACAUGGCAUUGAGGGUACUGGAGUAUGCAAUAAUGACAGCAAUGGACAAGAGCUAGAGGAGACUUGCCAUGUCUGUCCUUUCUAAAGGAACUAAGAAACUGUCAUUAAGAUGGAUGCAAGGAUGUUUUGGUGACUAAGAUUGUCAUUAUAGGAAGUGUGAGUGAGCAACAUGUGAGCUUUUGAUAAAUAUUCAUUUGAUAAUAUUGUAUACACAGGAAAGUCAAAUAUAAUUUGAUUUAAAGUUUGUGCUUAACACUGACCAGCCUUUAGGAAAUUAAAUUAAUUCGUCUACUGCCCUAAGAGUUCUUGCCCCUUGAAUGUAUAACAGGUUUUGCAACAUUUGAAUAAUGUGAUAUUCACUACUCACAUGGAUAGGAGUGAUAUUUCUUGUAGCAAAGACCAGAUUUACUGUUCAGGAUCUAGGCUUCAGAAAUUGACUUGGGAGAGAUUAAGGAAAUAUCACAGAUGAGAUGCCAAAGCAUCUUGUCUACUGGUAUAUGUCCCUGUCAUCUGUAGUCUUGUUUCAACACACCAUCAUGGAAGGGCAGUGGCAACCCCUCACUUUGCCUCACUAUCUUCUCAGUAGCCUCCUCACAUAUCUACAGGAGUGCACCUGUCAGGAGAUUCCUAUAACAUUUUUUCAACAGGGUAAGUGAUAAUUCUUUGUAGCAGUCUUUGGUCUAAUUGUUUGGAUGAGGUGAUGGGUUAACAUUUGCAAUUUUUUUUUGUUGCGUAUUAUACACAAAAAAUGUCUGCUCAAAAUGCUUGGGUUAUGUUUUGAUUAAGGGUGGCAAAUGCUGGUUACUUCAGUAGCAUAUAGUAUAUGUAUAUACAUAUUUAUUUAUAUAACAAGUCCCAUUUGUUAUAGAAUAGGACUUUUGUAAUGACAUGUAAUCCCAGUAUCUGGGAGUAACACAAGAUAUUAAUGGAAUCAUCUCAGUAAAUUCAGCAGGAAUUGGUGAUAACUGUGGUUUCAUGCGAGACAAUUGUUUAUAUUAUAAAAUAGUAACAAAAUUAUUAGCAUUUGACUUCAAAAUACUGUUGACAGCUGUUUCAUUAUAUUGUUGAUAUUAUUUCAUUAUUAUUAUUAUUAUUAUUAUUAUUAUUAUUAUUAUUAUUAUUAUUAUUAUUAUUACAUCAUCAUCAUCAUCAUCAUCAUCUGCAUCUUCAUCUCCAUCUCAUUCCCAUAUCAUCAUUAUCAUAUUUUAUCAUCAUCAAUAUUAUUAUCACAGUUCCCUUUUUGGAUAAAGCUGCCAUUUAAGGGAAAUGUUAGCUUGGUAUACAGAUAGAUUAUUAUUAUUUUUAUUAUUAUUAUUAUUAUUAUUAUUAUUAUUAUUAUUAUUGUUUUAUUAUUUUUGUUAUUAUUAUUAUUAUUAUUAUUGUUAUUAUUAUUAUUUUCAUUAAUUUAUUUAUGAGCAUCAUUUAUUUAAUUGAAACUGACAUAGUUGCUAUACUAUAAUCAGUUAUAAAGUUACAUUAUGUGAUCAGUAGGCAUCUUCUCAGAUAUAUGUGGUGUUGAAGGUUAUUAUAAGGAUGCUUCCUCCAAAAAUGUCAUGGAAAGAGAUGUGUGUGUGUGUGUGUGUGUGUGUGUGUGUGUGUGUGUGUGUGUGUGUGUGUGUGUGUGUGUGUGUGCAUGAAUACACUAGGGUGUAUGUUUGUAUGUGAACAUGUACAGUGAAGAAGGGAGUAAUAUAUUGUGAGACAAAUUUCUUUAUCUGGAAAAGGUUAUGUGUUUUGUUUCUUCAUAAUGUAGGUAUCUUUAUUACUGAAUACUGAUCAUGAGUUAUUGUAUGUGAAUAGCAUUCUAAUAUCUUGCCCAGGUACUUAAUAUUUAUUUCAAUGUGAUUUGUAAGGAAGAAUGGAGAGGUGCAUGACAGGCCAGAAUCUUGUGGAACAGUGCAAGGCAAAUAGCCAAGAGGAUAAGAUGAUUAAUUCUUAGAACAGAAAAGCUAUGCUUUGUUUUGUGGUGGGCAAUGACAUAUCUUUGUGUAUUUAGUUUCCUUUCUCUUCAUGACACAAUAGUGUGGUUGAAUCAUGUUCCCACAGCUUGCUGAUUAAUUAAAGGUGAGAAUUCUUUACUGUAGUAGUGUGUGUUGAAGUUUCCUGGUUGACACAGACUUUGUGGAGCUAUUCACUUUACUAUUUGUUUUUAUUGUCUAACAAUUAUAUGUAUUAUAUUUUCACAAAUAUUCAUAGUUUUAUUAAAGGAAGUCUUAUAUGCUUGAUAUAAUAUAUCUUCAUAAAUUAUUAUAAGCAUCAUGUUCGUCAUUGUCAUCCUUGCUGUUGUCAUGUCGUCAGCAUCAUCAUAGUUGUCAUCAUCAGUAAUGCCAUUCACCACUUUCUAUAGAAAACAGGGUUUCCAAACUUUAGAAAGUAUAACAGUUCAAGAAGAAAAUCUUCCAAUCAAUGAAAUGUUACAAUGGGCCACACGUCCAGUCAUGCACCACCUACGUGUAUGUCACUACACAUAACCUCGUUUCACUAACAGGCUUCACUUCAUGAGACAAUCACUGUGGAGUAAUUUCAGUGAAUUUCAACCUACAUUAGUAUAUCACUAUACUAUAUAGUAUCAAUCAUGGAAACUGCUGGCUUCUGGCAAAAUACAUAGGAAACCUUAUCAACUUCUGUCAAAGUAUCUUGUCCUGUAUUAGUCAUGAAAGCCUUUUAUUGUAUGCUGGCAGAUCACCAAAAUCUAUAAAUGAUCCUAAGUCUUGUUAGAAAUUGCUUUAGUUUCUUGAAGACUUAGGUACCUAGUGCAUAUACAAUAUCAGUUGGUGCAAAAGUCAGGGGACAUGAGUUAAGAGGCCAAAAUGAAAAUUGCUGAAUAUUAAAGUGAAUACUAAUGGGUUACAUGAUAUACGUACAUAUAUCUUAAAUUUUUACAUCCCAUUCUCACUGGUCAAAACUCCAUAUUUGAUACUGUUUUAGAUAUACUUUGAUAUAAGCUUUUCAUACUGCAAGUGAUUGUCUCAUUUGGCAGAUUACUUUUAUACUAUCAUCUGUGAUAAUGGUCAUCACAUUAUCUGAAGUGAGUUCUGUGAUGCUCACUGAGCUGGGCGCCUGGUGUCAGUGUGUGGAGUGUGUGGUAUAGCCAGCACAGCCACUAGUGCCACUAGCUGGUGGGUUCAUCUUCAUUGUCUAUGAGAGAAACAUUACCUAUUCUUGAUUUCAGGAUUGUAAGCCAAAGUUUCACUUAAUUAUCCUAUUUUAUUAAAUCUUCAUUGAAAAAAUGUUAAUAUCAGCACUACUAUUCUUUUAAAUUCUAAAGCUUAUUCAUCUGCUAUUUGUUAUUAUAAGAAAUCCAUUGAAUGGCACAAUUUCCUGACCAUUUUGUCAUCCUUUAAACUCUUCUUACAAUGCAACAUGAAGCAUUUGGUUGUGAAUACUCAUUGCUAAUGAGGCAAAGCUUUUUACAAAUAGAGAAUGACAUUAAUAUUGCUGCAAGAGGAAUUUCUUGUUACAGAAGUUCAAACAUAAGUUUAUUUUUUUGUGCAAGAUUAUCUCAGGAGUAAAUUGCUUGAAAUACAUAUAUUUUUUAAAUGUCUAAUGAAAAAACUCCUAAUAAAGUUUUUCUCAUUUAUAUAUUCACUAAUUCACUAUAAGAUUCCUUUCUUCAGAUAUUGCACUCAUUUUGGCUUUGAACUAAGAAAAUUAAGGGCUUAGUAAGCGGUGACUGUAUUUGUGGUGCUACUGGUAAUAUUGUGGAGGGCAGUGGCAAUGAUGGGGAUGGCUAGAGAAGCUGCAGUACACCAUCCAUACAGGUGCUAGGGUACAGGAAUAUUUGAGGGAGAAACACUAUGCUACUUAUGGGUGCAUCCAGAAAGCUGUUUAUUCUUCUAACAAUUUUAAAGAUUUUAAUUUUGUUUAGAGUAUUAGAGAAGGUAUGUGACUGAAUUUAUAUGUAUGUAGAGGUGUUUGAGAGUUCUUUCAGAUGAUAGAAGAAUACGGUGCAUUCUUGAUGCUUCCCAUUGGUUGAAUUUUUUUUUUUUUUUUCAAGUGAUAUAUAUAUAUAUAUAUAUAUAUAUAUAUAUAUAUAUAUAUAUAUAUAUAUAUAUGUGUGUGUGUGUGUGUGUGUGUGUGUGUGUGUGUGUGAGAGGUAGUGUUUCAUGCAGUAUAAUAACUAGAUAAUUUUGCUUCCUAAUAGUUUCUUAUAUGGAUGUGUGAUAAUUCUUUUUAAAGAUAUAUUUUAUACAGAUGUGUUUGAGCUUCACUGAACUACUUUAGCAGGUGUAGGUUAGAUAAUCUGCAUCCAAGGUGAACACAUUGUUUUGGAUGUUAUUAUAUUGUUGGAUCUUCUGGAAAACUGUAAAUAAAAAGAAACUGGUGAAGGCAUCAAGGAAAGAUGUGCUCUUCAACCAGAUCCUCAUAUUCUGAAUCAUUGUUACCACAUUUAUGGAAUAGUGUAGUUGAUAUCAAAUUAUGAUUAAAGACGCGCUGCAAGAAUAAGUUUUAUGAGAAUCAUUUAAGAAUUGUGAACAUAUUUUCCGUGUGCAAUAAUGGCUUGCUGGAAUUCCUUCCUAGGAUAGGUCAGGCAAGCAUAAUCCUCUGUGUCUCGAGCAUUACUGACUGUUUUCAUGCUUUGGUGUAUUUUGGUGGUGGUGUCUUGCCAGUGGUGGUUGGGCAACACUUAUGUCACUUAUUUGUAUUGAAAAUUAAUAUUGCACUGAUUAAUUUUCCUGUUAUAGAAAUGUACUAUCUUAUGAGUCAUUAAGUGUUCAGCAAUGUUCUUAAUUUGGCAGCACCUCAUCAAGUUACACAGAGUCUUGGUACUUCUCAAGUAUUCUAGUAGCAGGUUUUAUUCAGGAUGUAUUGUAUUUAUUUAGUUUUUAAAAUCGGACAAAGUGAGGAAGGUAACUUUUAUUAAGUUUUAUAAUGUCAUAAUGAAUUAAGAAGUUGUUUAUGCAGGUCUCUUUCCUGUAUCAUGUUCUGUUCAUGAUAUCAGUCAUAUCUUUCACAUUAUUGUGAUUUGUAAUUUUAUAUUACAAAAAUUUAAUAAAUAUUUAUAACUGUGAUUGCUGUUAUGCUUGUUUUUAUUUACAGUUAUGGUGGCAUAACACAGUAAUGCUUGCACUAUCAUAUAUAGAGAUAACUUUGAGAAAUUGCUGGAAGGAGACAGCCAUGAGCAGCAGGACUUUAGGCAGUGUCUACACUACUCUAUAACCUCAGGUAGUAGGCAGUCAUGCUUCAUCUUACCACAUUUCAAACUCACCUUAGCAUAUUCUGUAAACAUCACUCUAGUAUUUCUGUUUGUUAAAAUCUGAUCAUAUAUUUAAAUACAAAAAUGUGCAAAUCUUUCAUGACACUGUUACAGCACAUUUGCAUAAUAAAUCAUUAUAAUUUGA